UCACUCUGGACAUGGAUGAACAAGGGACUUUUCUAGUGCUGCAAAAUUAUAUUAAUGGUAAAUUUGUUCCUAGUACGAAGUUCAUUGAUUCCUAUGAUCCUUCAACGGGAAACACCUACUGCCAAGUGCCAGACAGUGGAAAAGAAGAGGUGGAUGCUGCCGUAACUGCCGCCAAAGAUGCUUUUCCAGCCUGGUCUUCCAGAAGCUCCCAGGAGCGAUCUGCGAUCAUGUUCAAGCUGGCAGACCUCUUGGAGAGAAAUCUGGAAGAGUUUGCCCAUGCAGAGUCUAGAGACCAAGGGAAAACAGUGACAUUUGCUCGGACUAUGGAUAUCCCUCGGGCAGUGUACAACUUCCGCUUCUUUGCAUCUUCGGUACUGCAUCACACUACAGAAUGCACUCAGAUGGAUCAUAUGAACUGCAUGCAUUACACUGUGCGCACUCCAAUUGGAGUAGCUGGCCUAAUCAGUCCAUGGAAUUUGCCCCUAUAUUUACUAACCUGGAAGAUUGCGCCUGCUAUCGCAUGUGGGAACACAGUUGUGGCAAAGCCCAGUGAGAUGACCUCAGUCACUGCGUGGAUGAUGUGUAAACUUCUAAAAGAAGCAGGUGUCCCACCUGGUGUAGUGAAUAUAGUUUUUGGAACAGGUCCCAGAGCUGGUGAAGCACUAGUGUGUCAUCCUGAUGUUCCCAUCAUCUCUUUUACCGGGAGCACAGCAACAGCACAGCGAAUCAUCGAGAAAAGUGCUCCGUAUUGCAAAAAAAUGUCUUUGGAGCUCGGAGGCAAGAAUCCAGCUAUAAUAUUCGGAGAUGCUGACCUGGAAGAGUGCAUCAACACUACGGUCAGGUCAAGCUUCUCUAAUCAAGGAGAGAUCUGCCUCUGCACAAGCAGAAUUUAUGUCCAGAAGACAAUAUAUGAUGAAUUUCUGAAGAGAUUUGUAGAAGCUGCCAAGAAAUGGAAAGUCGGAUUGCCUUCUGACCCCACAGCUUGCAUGGGAGCUUUGAUUAGUGAAAAUCACCUUGCAAAGGUUAGGGGCUAUGUGAAGAAGGCACUGGCUGAAGGAGCUGUUGUCCUUUGUGGAGAAGAUGUGGAUACCAUGCACAUUCCACUUGGAAAUCAGGGUGGAUAUUUCAUGUUGCCAACUAUUAUCACUGCAUUGAAGGAAGACUCCCCAUGCAUGCAGGAAGAGAUAUUUGGACCAGUGGCAUGUGUGGUACCUUUUGAUACAGAAGAAGAAGUGAUUUGCAAAGCUAAUGGUGUAAAAUACGGCUUGGCUGCCACUGUGUGGACAAGAGAUGUAGGUCGUGUUCACCGUGUUGCAAAAAGAUUGCAAUCAGGGCUAGUGUGGACCAACUGUUGGCUCAUUCGAGAUCUUAAUUUACCAUUUGGUGGUAUGAAAGCAUCAGGUAUAGGAAGAGAAGGUGCCAAGGAUUCAUAUGAAUUCUUCACUGAAGUUAAAACAGUUACCAUAAAACACUGAGGUCUUAGAAUUACUGUGCUCAUAGUAAAUUAAAUAUAAAAAGCCCUGGAUUAUGUGAUGCAUGUAUAUGUUAAGAAAUGGGAGAGGUCAUGACCAGAUCUAAGUGUAUAGUUGCUCAUAGUUGCUCUCAGUCUGGGUUUAAAUCCUUCUGGAUUACAUUAGCAGCUAAUGCAGUGAAUCAUAUAGCUCAUUACAAAACAUCCUGGAUGCCCCAGUUUCAAUUUCCUUUUUGAUUCAUUAAGAUUCAAAGGAUGAGUUUUAUUAAAUGUACUGAGAAUUAUGAAGAAUUAACAGAACUGUACAUAGUAAGCCAAAAUAACUGGACUUGAGAUUUUUUUUUUUUUUGUAAGUUUAACAAAUUUGGCCUAAAUGUUUCAUAUUGCUCACCAAUUUACCAACAUUUUUGGCUUAGUGAAUGAAUCAAAUUGUAUCUGUUCCUAAAUAUUGCUCCUGUACUCUCAAUCAAACAAAGUGUGGUUUAAGUCUAAAUUGCUUACUGGCCUGUAAUAAUAUUUCCCCCCAAACCAACAUGUUUAGUAAAUGUGUCUCCUUUCAUUAGAUAUAUUUUAAUUACUUGAAACAACAUUGCAUUCUUUGAAUCUUAAAUCAUUCAUCUAUCUAUCUAUCUAGAUAUUUUU